AUGGCAGAUAUAGAAGAUGGUUUCGAUAUACGCGACGUUGGUGCUGUUCGAAAACUGGACGACAUCCAAAUAAAAAUUAGGUCGAAACGAGAUGCUGCAGAUCUUGGUCAAAUGGAUUCCUUCGUACCUGGUGUAACGCCUGUAUGGGUGAAGACAUGGGGGUGUUCCCACAAUGCUAGCGACAGUGAGUAUAUGGCCGGAAUACUUGCCAAGGCAGGAUAUCCGAUCGUGAGAAAGUCAUCGGAUGCAAAGUUAUGGGUUUUGAACAGUUGCACCGUCAAAACGCCGUCAGAAACGCAGGCGAGCAAUCUGUUAGAGGAGGGAAGGAAACAAGGCAAAUCUGUCGUCAUGGCAGGAUGUGUCUCUCAGGCGGCACCAGACGAGCCAUGGUUGAAAAACGUCUCCAUUGUUGGUGUGAAGCAAAUCGACCGGAUAGUAGAAGUAGUUGAAGAAACGUUAAAAGGAAACACAGUUCGACUUUUGAGUCGAAAACGUCCAGAUGCGGGGCUCUCGCUGCCGAAAAUGCGAAAGAAUGAGCUAGUUGAGGUCCUAGCGAUAAAUACAGGCUGCCUGAAUCACUGUACCUACUGCAAGACGAAAAUGGCAAGGGGAGAUCUAAAAAGUUAUCCCAUAGAGGAACUAGUUGACCAGGCUCGUACAGCGUUUGAAAGGGACGGCGUCAAAGAACUAUGGCUCACUUCGGAGGAUCUCGGAGCAUGGGGCAGAGAUAUCGACAUGGUAAACAAUACUUGUUCAUUUGUUUGCAUGUUUAUGCCGUAG